GUUGCGGAAGGGGAACUAUGCAGAGCGAGUGGGGGCUGGAGCUCCGGUGUACCUAGCAGCUGUGCUCGAGUAUCUGACCGCUGAGAUCCUGGAGCUGGCGGGAAACGCGGCCCGUGACAACAAAAAGACCCGUAUCAUCCCCCGCCACCUCCAGCUGGCCGUGCGUAACGACGAGGAGCUGAACAAACUGCUGGGAGGAGUGACCAUCGCCCAGGGAGGAGUGUUGCCCAAUAUCCAGGCCGUGCUUCUGCCCAAGAAGACCGAGAAGGCCAAAUGAACUGCGCAUUGACCCAGACCACCACAACGGCUCUUUUAAGGGCCUGCCACUGCUCUAAAGAACAGACUUAGUAAAAGGGCAGACUUGAUUAAAAGAACCUUAUCAAUAUUUGGGAUGCUUUAGUGAAACAAAGCUGCCCUCUACUGGUUAAUAUCCAGAAACCCGUUCCACGUUACAUUAAACCCGAUGUGCAGUGUGUGUGAUGUUCUUAUGUAGAAGAUAUCGGUCACAUUUUUGUCAGUUUUUUGACAAUAUGCGAAACUGACGAGCAGGAUCGAGCAGACUCGUGUUUGAUCUGGAGUGUGGACACUGAUAAGACCUGAGGAGGACCCCGCCCUGAGUCUGUUCAUAAAUGUAAAGUGAUGUUUGUGUCCAGCAGAGGGCGCCACAACUCCACUCUCUUUAUGUUCUGUUGACGCAGAUAUUUUGUUGACUUUUCAAAAUGACGACUUUAAAUAAUUCACUCUUGUCUAGUAAUAAUUUUUGUAAUGAUAAUUUGCACAAAUGGCCUAAUGCAAGUAUACUAAAAUAAACGUGGUCUGUAGCCUAGUUUCUUAACUUUUUUUUUUUUUUUUUACAUGAUUGUGUCGCAGUCAAGCUAGCUCUCCACAUGAACAAACUGACAAAGUUUUCUGAUGAGAGAGGGACUUCUCUGAUCUCCAUCAUCUGCAGGGAAGUCUGUGGAUGAGAGGAGAGAGAGGCAGGGACUUCCCUAAGCCUCCAUCAUCUGCAGGAAAAAAAAAAGCCCACUCAAUAUUCCGCCGCCUCCCACAUCACCAGAGCAAGCAGAGCGCUAGCAAGGAAGGAAUCGCACCCUCAACCUCGACACAAAAGGGAAAUCUAACCUCUAACCUGCCCUAACAAUGGAGGAGAACAUGGAUGACUCUCAGAGCCAGAAAGGCUGUAAGGAAUGCUGUGAGCGUUGCGUGGGCAGUCUUCCCUGGGCCUCCCUUAUUGCCACCAUCUUACUGUACAUGGGAGUGGCUCUGUUCUGUGGAUGUGGACACGAGGCUCUCAGUGGGACAGUGACCAUUCUGCAGAACUACUUUGAGGUGAUCCGAGCUCCAGAAGCCAUCGACGUCUUUACUAUCAUUGACAUCCUGAAGUACAUCAUCUAUGGGCUGGCUGCUGGCUUCUUUGUGUUCGGGGUCCUUCUGCUCGUGGAGGGCUUCUUCACCACUGGAGCCAUCAGGGACCUGUAUGGAGAGUUCAAGAUCACUGCCUGCGGCCGUUGCCUCACCGCAUUCCUGAUGUUCUUGGCCUAUCUCUUCUUCCUGGUGUGGUUGGGUGUCACCGCGUUCACAUCUUUGCCAGUAUUCAUGUACUUUAACGUUUGGUCCAUGUGUCAGAACACCAGUGUGGUGGAGGGCGCCAACCUCUGCCUCGACCUGCGCCAGUUUGGAGCUGUCACUAUCUCUGAGGACAGAAAAGUGUGCACAGGAUCUGACAAGUUCUUCAAGAUGUGCGAAUCCAAUGAGCUGGACCUGACCUUCCACCUGUUUGUGUGUGCACUGGCAGGAGCUGGGGCUGCUGUUAUUGCUAUGGUGCACUUCCUGAUGGCUCUGGCUGCUAACUGGGGCUACCUGAAGGAUGCCAGCCGGAUGCAGAAGUACGAAGACAUCAAGUCCAAGGAGGAGCAAGAGCUGCAUGACAUCCACUCCACGCGCUCCAAAGAACGACUCAACGCUUACACAUAGAGCGGAGAGCCAGCAGAGGGCGGCACACACCAUUCAAACAGAGCAUAGGCACAUACACACAAGCACCCACCUGACAAACACCACAAAUAUACCACUAAAUAUACCAUAAAAACACUAACAAACCAAUGACACUAGUAGAGUUAAGUUUUAAAAAUAUACUACAAGAAGGCAGGGAGCACAGACACUUGGCAAUCCAUGGUGACCACUGCAAAAAAUGUGCUGUUGUUAAAAUAAUUUGAAUUAACUGAGAUUUUUGAGUUGUUUUGACUAAUUUAGGGUUAGUCAAGUUGUUUUAAGAUAUUUUUACUAGUUGCAUAUCAUCUGAAACUGGAGUAAGAACUAACUUGCAAACAAUUUAGCUCGAAAUAAGAAAAAAUAUGUAUCGAAACUAGUCAGAAGUAUCUUGAAAUAAUAGAAAUGAUAGGACCAAUAAAACUACCUUAGUCAAAAUUAUUCAAAUUAAUAUUCUGAUUUCAAGUCAUUUUAACCAAUAGAUUCUCUUUUUGCAGUAUGCAACUUUUACCUCCAAGAAAGCAAUUUUGUAUUUUUUCCAUCAUAAAAAGUGGUGCUAGAUAGUAGAAAAAUGUGUAGAAAUAAAUACUGAGUAGUUUGAGUAGUCGUAUUUUAGAGCCAAAUUAGUCAAAUUAGUGCGCUAGGCUAGGCCCAUUAUAGAAAAUUUCUUUACCAUUUUAACUAUUUUGUAAUAUUUUUUUGUCUUAUUUGCGCUUCAAAAGCAGCUAUGUAGAAAAAUUGAAUGUGCUGAACAAUCACAACCCAAAACAGUUCAUACUUAAACAAAUGGACAGUAUUGUAUAAAAAAUGCCAAAAUAAUGUAUCCAAAGAGGAAUUGUGAGUUUUUGAGUUACUCAUUCAGGGCAUGUAUUAUGGUAAAAAUGAGCCAAUAUUUAACCUUAAAGCAUUAUAACUUUUCAUUGACUUGCUACUCUGUAAUUUGUUGGCGUAUACUAACUAUGCCAAUAUUUAGCUUUGUAUAGAUUGGCGUAUUUUAAUUUCAACAUUACGGUAAAUAGCUACUACCAAUAGCUAUGUUAAACUAGCUCACUAUGGAUUGUCAUAAGUGUCUGUGAUUUCAUUGCUAUAAUUUGGGGUGCAUCCAAAAAGUGCAUUGUCCAUUCUUCUUGUAUCCCUCUUUACACUUACAUUAUACUGAUAUAGACACAACAUAUUAGACAUAAAACAUUCUAGAUGUGGCUGAUUGGUCGGUGUUGUCUGGUGGUGUCAUAUGCUGUCCGUCGUGUCCGUUUUGCCACAUUAAGAUGACUGGGAAAUGGCGAUUCAAAAUGGUUCCCGAGGAGUUUGUAUCUUGUAUUGGGUACAAAUGGGUAGCUUUGCUGAAGUCCCCCUGAUCAUUCCCCCCUAUACACCCCAAACCUCAAACCUUGUAUUGUCUUUUCAACCCACUUUCAUUAGUUGUUGUACACAAUUAGGAAUGGGUUUUCAAAAGCAGAACACACUUAGGUUCAAUAAAAUUACAACCCAAAUUUCAAAAAAGUUGGGACAGUGAGCGCAAAGAUGAAACUAAAUUUAAAAAUUGUUAGAAAAAGGUGAGAUAUAUCAAAUGUUGAAACCAAGAUAUGAACCCAUAUGUAAAAAAAAAAAACAAAAAUACAAAAAUGAAAUCACUGUCCAAAUGCAUUGAAAUUGUGGUUGUAUAAUUGAAAUAUGCAGAUGUUUUGAUGUCAUACAAGAGACCAAAAUUAUUUAUUUGUAUAGACAUCUUAAUUUGGAUUUUGACAUAUAUAGCACUUAAAAUGGUGGUUUAGAUUUGUCAAAAAAGAAAAUGCCAUUUAAAAGAACAACUAGUGAAACGGGGUUAGUGCCCCCUAUCUCUUUCCAUCCAAUUUCCAAUUUGUAAAAACGUGUGAUUUUUGUCCUCCGAAACAGCACAUUUAGCAGCACAAAGUAUUUCUAACGUGUCCAUAUUGAACCAUUAUGGUCUGUUUAUAAUGUUUUUCUUCACUGGAACAAUUUUGCCACAUUUUUAUCGAUAUUAUUUAUGUGUGAUUUUAGCAUUUUUUGCUAUUUAAAACAGAAAUUUGGGGCGGGUUUUGUCGUGGGUUGUUGGGAGGGUAUGGGUUUACUGUAUCACUUGAUUUCACUUGAUUUGUAAAUGGAUUAUGCACACACACGCACAUACAAAAUGACACAAAAACAUACCAUUUUUUACACAAAUCAUAAUUUAAUACAUGUUUUUGAUUUUCAUAAACAGGCCCAAAUACAUGUGACCAAAAUUUGUAUUUACAAAUUUCGAUUUACUAAUAGUAUUACUCAACUUGACAUGUGCGAAUAAGCUAAAGGCAAACUGUGAAAUGUACAAAGGGCAAGAUGGUUUUCAAAUAUGUUUUAAUGACUGGUAUUUUGAAUGGAAAAUCUGUAAGUGGUGCUAUAGGAGCUAAAAUAUUUAAAUAACAGCCUAUUGGUUUUAAUAAUACAAUUUAAGCUGUUAUUUUGAUAUCAGACAGAGAGUUAGCGAGUUUGGAGCCAGUUGCUUUGUACUUUUGAUGCACCAGGGACCAAAACAAUUAGCGUAGGUUAGUUAAUAUUUAGCUGUUUUAAAUGGCUAUAAGUAAUGCAUAUAUGUUUUGGCAUUUGGGAGAAACUGUAACCUUAAACUGUACUUGGUAUUAGGUUGUUAGUGUAGCCUUUUUGUAAACUAGCCUAUAUGCAAACUUAUGCUGCAUUCACGUGGUAAUAUAUACUGUAAUUCAACUGAAAGGCAAUGAGAAGAAGCAUAUUAAUGGGAUUACCUUAGCGUAGGAUCAAUAUGGCAAAAAUAUUAGCAAGUCCUGAAGCCAGUUGCCCUACUAUUUAAGCGCUUAUUACAUGUUAUGCCAAUUCUGAGCUGCCAAAAACCUGACCAAAACAAUGCAAACAUUCACAUCAUCGGUGGGCAUUGCAACCAGGGUCACGUAAGGACCAAGUAUUUCCAAAUGGCCUGUUUCCAUCUCAUAUCCAUUAUAUCCUAUGAUUUAACCAGUCAUUAAAACUACUGAAGAUUGUAUGUUUGUCCUGGUUUAAACUGUGAACGAAAGUGUUGAUUCUCUAUCGACCAAUAGAGACGCGCCAGGGGCAGAUGGAUGACAAGAAUACACUUUAAAAAAUAAUAUUGAAAUGUGUUGAAUAGCUUGGAAAAACGGAAUAUUUACUCACUUGUUUUGAAUAGUUUUAGCUUGUUCUGCCUUUGUCUGCAGUCUACAUUUUGGCAUUUGUUUUGAAAUAUUUCUGUUUAGUUUUAAUAGUAUUUCCUACGCUCAAAAAAAUUCUUUAAGCUCUUGAAUCAAUGCAUUUUGUAAUUUAUUUCUACUUACAUAUUUAUCCAUAAUUGAUAGAGCACAUUUUAAGUAGAGUAACUUAAAAAUCCAAAUAUUAGUGUUCAGUUAAUGUUAACAUUUCAUUUUUGGAGUGUAUUUCAGGCUAAAUUAUGUGCCAAUAAACUUAAUAUGACAGCUAAAUAAGUAAACGCAAAUGUAUUUAAUAAUAAUUUAGCUUAAAACAAGACAAAUAUUUAUUGAGACCAGAAAUAAAUAUCUUGAAAUGCAGUAAGUCAUAGUAUGUUGUUCUGGUUACUCAAUUUAAACUAGUAAAACUGCUUAAAACAAGUUCAAUAUUUCAAAUUCAAGUCAUUAUAACUUAUAGAGAGUUAUUUUUUGCGGUGUAGCUGUUUGGAAAGUGGGUAUUUUGAACGGGUUUUGAAAAGAAUAUGAAGCUACUAGGCCUAUAUACCAGCACACACUAUAAAAACACAAACAUUUACAAACAGUACACAAAUCACCUCCAUCAUCUUUGAGCCAUAACUUUUACUUUCACCGAUUACAUGUCACUAUUUUAUUAUCAAUCUUUAUUCUUGAAACUUUUAAAAUGUGAAAUUAUUAUUUAGAAAAAACGAGAUGUGUUUUUAUUUUGUUUUUGAGUUGUCGGGCAGUAUUAAAAGCACUGUUCCUACAUGAUUCCUGUACAAAGAUAUACAUAUAUGUGAAACAGUCAAGGUGAGAUGCCGGGAGAAUGAUUUCCUAUGGGUGCAGAGUCCGGGGGAGCAAAAUACAGUUUAAAUUAGCUGUUUUUCACAACAUGCAAAUAACAGUAACUCAAAACUACUCUAAUACGAGGUAAUUUAGAUGUUACUAGUCAACAGAUGAUUAGAAUUAGCCAUCAGUUUUAAUUAUGGGUAAGUUUUGUUGGUUAAAAAAGGCAUAGAUGGGAGUAUAUCAAUGACAGCUAUGGGGACCCACUUAAUUAAAAUGUUUUAUUCAUUAAUUUGCUAAUAGGGUAUGAAAUUAGCUUAGCCGUUAGAAUUACUAGGUUUGAUUAGGUUUGUGCUACAUGCUAGUGCUUAGCUUGUGUAACUAACUUCAGUAUUAGCACUUUUUAGCUCUAGCAGUGAAAUAGCAUGCACUGGAUAGCCUAUGCUUAGUGGAGCAUUUUGCAAAUCAAAUCAUUAAGCCCUGUAAAUAACAUUGACUUCUUAUUGUCUAUUUUCAGUAUUCAUUGAUAUAGUUGAAGUAUUGUGGCCUCAAGCUAAAGUAAUUGACCUUGUACCAGACAUAUCUCACCAUGUUUUUUUAAGAAUUGGGUUUUCUCUGUUCCUUCUUAGCUGAAGAUAUCAACAAGGUUCUGCCGCUUGUUUUAGCAGUGUAGUCUAAAUGUGUAGUUUAAAUGCAUAGUUAAUGUAGAACUACAUAGUGCUUCUACACAUUUUGAAGAUUUGGGCUAAAAUAUUUUAACUUGAGCCCAACACAACAUGCUCCCCUCAGUGUAUUGUAGGUUUCAUAGACCAGAGGCUGUAGACCUUGUGUCAGAGCUAGUGUUGAGUUACUGUUGAUAUGAACCACAGCUCUGCAGAGGAGCCCCCCGCUCGGCCCGACCAGGUGCACCCGGCCACACAGUAUUUUUAAGGGUCUAGUUUUACAGUAACAUUAUUCUAUCAUUUCAUUGCCUGACAAUGGAUGUCUUGUCAGUGUUUUUAACCUCAGAUAAAAAAUAGUUUUUUGUGCACUUAUUGCCCAUCGUGAGCUCUCUUAUUCUUGGUGUGUAAGUGCAUUGAGAUCCCACUGAGGGACCUGUGUAUAGUCUUGCAGCAUUGGUUAUAACCUGAAGAAAUAACAUGAAAAUGAAUGAAUUCAUAAUAAUGAAGAUAAUCUUAUACUUAAAAAAGAACAAAAAAAGACAGUGAAUCUAGUUGUUGUUUGUGGCAUGGUUAUGCAUUCAAUGGUCCUCAUUUUAACGAUUAAAACAAAACAAAAAAAUCAUUCUUUUCCACAGGCGCUGUUCUGCUGAUUUCUUUUUCGUUUCCACUCUUUGUGCAGUAUUGCCGUUCCUUGUUGCUAAUGGUGUUGCUAAGCUAGCUUGCUUGCUCAGUUGUUUACCACCAGAGCAAUAUGUUGUAGCAUUUCUUUUGACCAAGAAUACGGAAAUUUAAAACCAUUCCUUUUUUCUCUAAAAUUUCUCAAAGUGCAUGGAUCUAUGACUGCGAAUCUUAAGUGAUAUGAUGUAACUACUAUUAUUAAUAGUGUUUCUCCUAAUCAAAUAAAGCUGAUUUUGCAGUUGUUAAUUAUAGAAAUGUAUUGCUCUGGCUCAUUGUCCCCGUGCUUGUUCGCAUCCUCUUCCUCGCCUACUGCCUCGGCCACUGCAACCUCUCUAGCGCUUUAAUAUUCUUGACUCCAAAUAUAAAUUAUAGAAGCUGUUUUUUAUUACUUCCUGCGGUCACAUGCUCUAAAAUAUGCAUGCUAAGGGUGUUUCUAAGCAAAUAGCACAGUAGUCUUUCAUAGCAACUAAAUACAUUUGCGAUAGUGAUUUUUUUCAUUCAAUCGUUAUCAAAUGUGGCCUUCAACUGUAACUCUUAGAAUGGGGAGAGGAUGGGAGCUGCGUAUGGUUCCCCUUUUUUUUAUUAUCCCGUUGUCUUUUUGUGAUUAUAAUAUAUGUACUUUAACACUACUUAUCCUAUGUCCUAUGCCUAUCCAUAACUUAACAGUACUACUACUACUACUGAUACUGUAACUACUACUCUUUACCACAUACAAGACAAGAGGCACUGAAAUCUAAUCUCUUAAAUUUGGUAUCGAGUAAGAAAGAUUACCUUAUUUAUUGUGAACAUGUUUCACUCAUUCAGCUAAAAUCUUAACUUAAAAUUGAAACUAGAUGCCAAAAUCUAUAUUAAAACAGGCCAGAUCAUUUCAAUACAAAAUUAACAUUAAUAAAAGCAAUGUUUUUAUAUACACAAUUCUAGUCUUGCCAAUGUAAAUCUAAAAUGUUGUUGUUGCAGUAGCUUCUGUUGUACCACUAAUCCACAUGUUUGGUUUGGCUGGACAUUCUGGACAUGGGAACUAUAAUGUCUUUUUAUUGUUUUAUUCUUUUGAGUUUUUCCAUAGUAACUUUAGACUUUUGUAUGCACUCUGGUUGCUUAGUAGCGAGCUUUAUCUGAAUCACUCCUCCAUUUUGUACAUAUCUGUGCCAACAGCUUGGGCAGACAGUGGCUUUUUUUAUUUGUAAAGACAUAAACUUGCUUGCAUAUAUAAAUAAAAUGAAAUACUACACUUGUGUACUUGUUAAUAAGGGAA